AUGGCCAGGAUAAAUCCGCACCGCGACACCACUGUGGAGGAAGUUGACAACGCUCCAUUCAAUCUACUUCAAUCCCCACUUUUACGUCUCCCAGGUGAGCUGCGCAACCGGAUCUUCGCCCUCGCUUUCGAUACCGCAGACCUGCAACAGCUCUGGUACGAAAAUACCCCUCCCCGUAGAGUCGCUAAUACGGGACGUCCUUUGAGUCAGACUUGCACCAAAGUGCGCAAGGAGAUCGAACACCUGCACGACUCCUACACCAAGUUGCGCAUCCUCGAGGGUUACGCCAGUGUGCACCAAAUUUUCCACCCCAUCGGAGAGUAA